UGGCAAAAGUUGCUCCACUACCGACCACAGAGAAAUGACAAUGAUACUUCUGUUAUGUCUGACUGUGCUUCUGGUCUCCGGUCCCCGGUGUACCGAGUCUGUCGAGAAAAGGAUCCUGUUGAGUGACCCUCAGUACAUACAACAGGAGCUGACAAGGUUCCAGUCAGAGUUACAGGAACUACAGGUGAAGUUCAAUACUCAGCACAUGGAAAAUGCUAAUUUAAAGAGUACAGUUACUCAGCUCCACACCACAGUGGAUCAGCUCAAGACCACCGUUCUAACACUGAAUAUCACCAACAGCAAACUUCAGAAUACCGUGGGUCAGUUGCAGAAUAACAGAAGGUCCGCGGUGUUUACACGCUGGGGGCGGAGGGACUGCCCUGCAAACAUCACGUCACUGGUCUACACUGGGUACGCCGGGGGUUCCAUGUACACAGACACGGGGGCAGCGGCUGAGUAUCUGUGUAUGCCUUCUGAUCCUAUAUGGGGCCCACACAAGGACCUUGCUUACGAUGGCAUUUGGGUCGGUUACGUCUACGGGUCUGAGUAUGAAGAUGGUUAUUUUGGCAUUGGGGAUAGUCUGCAUGACGUACCAUGUGCCGUGUGUGUCGGUAAUCAGCACACCGCCUCCCUCAUGAUUCCCGGGCGGACCCAGUGUUACCCUGGCUGGACUGAGGCUUAUCACGGGGAUCUGUCCUCAGGUGCGUACACUGCGGUUUCAGCCACUCAGUACGUAUGUGUGGACCAGCAUCCACAGGCCCUGGAGGGUGGCGCAGACAAAAACGAGGACGGGAAACUUUUCUACGGCGUCAAAUCAAAAUGUGGACCACUUCACUGUCCACCAUACGAGGACAAUAAAUUUCUCUCGUGUGUUGUUUGUUUAAAGUAAAACGUUUUUUAGAAUUUGAUACCUAGUGUUUUAAAAAUUAACUAGACCUAGGAAUAAUGACCUAUAAAUCGAGUUGAAAUUCAUGCCUUGUUUUUCCUGUGUUAACUGUAUAUCUUUUGAAAUCCUACAAAACGACGACUGCUAAACGUAAAAGAAAGGGAGUUCUAGUGUUUCUUUCAUUUCCCUGCCACACGAUAUAUAUUACAACCCUGUUGGAUAGUGUACAUUCCCUCUAACACCUAGCGAUCGAUUUAAUGUUUUGAUACUCUGUCCUCGGUUAUACGGAUUGCUCUGAUCCUCCAACGACUUUAAGUAUUCCCCUCUGUCCUCAGAUAUAAAGAAUGCUCUGAUCCUCCUACGACUUUAAGUAUUCCCCUCUGUCCUCAGAUAUACAGAAUGCUCUGAUCCUCCUACGACUUUAAGUAUUCCCCUCUGUCCAAUGGCAUACUCCGAUUUACCUCGACACAGAAUACUAGUAUAACAACUUAUCCACACUGACAUCGAGUAUUCCAUAUGAUUUAUAUAUUGUCUCUGAUCGCCUGUGACAUGGAGCAUUUCUACUACGUUGUAACUUCUGGUUCGCUGUCCCACUGUGCUCUGAUUUUCCUAUAUAUAUAGAUACAAAUUAAAACUUGUUUUGAUGUAAUUUAUGCAGUCAGACUUUCUAUGCUUUUACAUAACUACCUUUACUUGCGGAAGGAGGUAUGUUGGGGUAUGAGUGAUGUGGUCCGAUAGGUUACAUGGUAUGUAUGUUGCUAAAAUUAGAUGACUAUAAAUACAAAUGACGCAGCAGCUCCUAAUCAGAAUUUGAUAAAAAAAA